AUGCAAAACUACUGUGCCCGAUGCGACGAGGCAGUCUAUUUUGCCGAAGCGGUCCAGGCGAUGGGCAGCUUCUACCAUAAGAAGUGCUUCGUUUGCUCGCGUGAACCCUGUGGCCGAAGCCUGGACAGUCGAACUUGCAGCGAACACGAGGGAAAGCCCUAUUGCACCCACUGCUACAAAUCAAUGUUCGGCCCGAAGGGUGUUGGAUACGGAAUUGGAAGUGGAGUCCUAUCGACGAAUGCGCCAGACGAAACGACGCGCCAAAUCGAACAUGGCAAAAUGUUGCCCUUCACAUCCACGAUCAGCUAUGGUACUAACGAUGACGAUUAUGUCCGAAAACAAGAUGCCCCGAUCCCGUUGGUUCGAGCCCCGGUUGCGGCCCCGAGGCCGAUGAUCUGCAAAAAAUGCCAGAAGACCGUAUAUGAAGCGGAGAAGGUUUUGGCAGCCGGAGCGGUAUGGCACAAGUCUGGCUGCUUCAACUGUAGUGACUGCAACAAGCGCCUGGAGUCUCGAACUCAAUGUGAGCAGGGCGGAAAGCUAUACUGCAAUGCGUGCUACGGGCGCCAAUUCGGGCCGCGCGGCUACGGGCACGGCGUCGGCGCCGGGUUGUUGCAGCUGUAUCAA